CUCAUGCUCAUGUCCACGCCACCGGCUCUGAUCCCUUCACCUCUGUCCGGCAUUAAAGGUAUAUAAGAGUGGCAUUAAGGUGUCACACACGUGGAGCCAACAGAGACUCAUCAUUCUCAGAGAGACCAGUGACAUCAGGCUGAGACAGGUUCACUGCAGCAGCUUAAACAGUUAAUCCAACCUGAAGCCGGAAUCAAGAUGCCUACUACAACAAGAAUCAUUUCUGACACCCGGAAGUCAGAUAAAGCAAAAAAAGUGAAAGCUGGAAACUCAGCCGCAGAGAAGAUCCCAGCCUACGAGCCAGAUAUCCCUGAACCGAAAUGCAGAGCUGAUCUAGUCAAACACUGGAUCAACCUUUCCAUGGAUGACAAGACAGCCAAUAAGAUGCUCUGGAUCACAGAGGGCGGUGCUAAAGUAGCUCGUAUGACUGAUGAUGUCACUUGUCCCGUCUUGGACAGGCCAGAAAGAUAUGAGUAUGCUCCACAGGUUCUUUGCAAGGAAGACAUCCUGGGCUUCCGAGGCUACUGGGAGGUGGAGUAUUCAGGGUGGGUUGUGGUCGGGGUCGCCUACGAACGAGCAGGAAGGAGGAAUUGCGACGGAUCAUGUGGCCUGGGAGAGAACGAGGAGUCCUGGGGUCUUGGCUGGAGUGGCUCCAGCUAUCAUGCCUGGCACAAUGGCAGGAGUACAGAGAUCUCUGAGAUUCCAAAGUGCUCUGUAAUCGGUGUGUACCUUGAUCAGCCUGCUGGUAUCCUUAAUUACUAUGCUGUGGAGGAGGUGAAGGAGGGAGAGGAGGGCGCAGGAGUUAAGGAGGUUAAACUUUUACACCAAGUUAAGGCCUCCUUUACAGAGAAAAUGAUACCAGGUUUCUGGGUGGGGACACAAUCCCACUGUUUGCUCAUAAAGAAGGAGGAAUAAACGACUGGGUCGAUAUUAUAUGAUUAUAUCUAAAAGUCAGUGAUCAUGAGCUGAACUGUGGCUGAGAGAAGAGUAAAACCAUCUCAUCCUACUGUAAUAAAGCUACCAAUAUGGCAGCUUUAAACAUAAAAUGACAAGAAGACACCAAAAUGGUCAUCACCAACAUUUGUCUUCCAUGUCAUAGGAAUAUUUAGCAAUUAAAACAUUAGUCUACAUUAGAUAUACAUGUAUAGUAAAUGGUUUAGUGAAUUUAAGUAAAGGGAUCAAAGUGCAAUCAGGUAGGGAUUCACCUUUGACCCUCCACUCUUUUGGACUUUACUGAAACCACAGGACCACUCAAGGUUUAUACUGAUAUAUAUUUAUAAAUAUAUAUAUAUAUUUUUAUUUCUCCAUUGUUAUUGCUCGCCAAGGAUGUAUAGUGUUAUCUGGUUUGGUAUGUUUGUAUGCAGAAUGUGAAAAUAUGCAAAAGUUUAAAAAAUAAAUGAAACACUGCGUUACACGCAUUUGUCUUGGUUUG